CACAAAACAUACCACACAGUUUCUUUUACACAGAGUGUGCACUGGCACUUAAUCUGAGGUCACUUCACAGGACAAGGACAAAAAUAGAACAACGGUAGAAGUUUGGAGAGAAGCGGUUUGAGUGGACCGUAUGAGCUCUGUUUUGUUUUCUAGGAGAAAGGGACAACAUGCAAGCCUUCCUCCUCCUCUUCCUCAGUGAGAUCUUGCUGCUGAAACUGACCUCUGCAACCACACUGAAAGUGCAGAGACAAAACAUGAGGGUGCGUAUCAGCGCUGUUGGAGACACCAUUGUUUUCAAGUUCAUCCGGCCCCAUGUGGACACCAGACUGGAGGGAUACAUCCUGGGGUAUGGCAGAAGCAUGUUCUCCAAACAAUUCAUCCAGCUACCUGAAGAUGGACAACCCUAUGAAACUGAGAUAGUUGCUGAGCCCAAAUAUCUUAUUGCGUUACAGUCAAAGAAUCUAGAGGAACCUAAGAAAAUAUGUGCAGGGAAAGUGGAUCUAGAGAAACCAUUGAACAUUGUGAUCAGCUCAGUAACACAGUCGUCAGUGUUGCUGUCCUGGGGGACACUAAUGACCAGCCCCUUCAUGGAUACCAUUCUGGAUGACUGUUUUGAUGAAGGACAGUUCACAGUCCGCUACAGAGAGAAGGAGCUUAGCAACACCUGGAACUACCAGACCUGUCCAUCCACCAGCACAGUCAUUGACAACCUCAAACCAGAUGCUCUGUAUGAGUUUGCGGUCCGUGCAGACACCGUCACAAACUGUGGAGUGUGGAGUCCAGCCGUCAUCCAUAACACAGCUGAUCAAAUAAUAGAGCCAUUCAAGGAACUGAACCAGGCAAAGUCUAAGAAGCCUAUUUUAGCAAGGCAGCGAUCAUUCUUGCCUCCAGUGCCAGUCUUAAACAACAUUAACCAGACCAGAGCAGCCCCUCUUCUCAUACACACUAGACUUCCAAAACCAAGGAAAACUUCAGGGGCGGAAAAUUCCACAAUGGUUCCUAACCAUCUACGUGCCUCAACCAAGGCCCUUCCAUCCUCUCACACAUCUAUCAUUCUGCCCAUGCCAAAGACCACAAGCACAGUUCGACCUCGAAACCUCAUCAGUCAUACCAGUACAACCCAAACAGAUCUGAUCACAGAGCAACAUACUAGCAUUACCCCAAAACAACCUACAACAUCUCAGCCACAACCUUCCAGAACCCAACAAAAAUCCAGCACAACCCUACCACCACCCACUACAAUCCAACAAUAUACCAUCAAAACGCAGAUCUCAGUCAAAGCUCUACCAUAUACAGCCAAACAGCUACUGAAUACAGCCCAACACCACUUUAGUGAAACAUCUUCCCAUAAUCCACCUACAACCAAACCACUAAUUCCCCAAACUCUACAACUCUCCAAAAGCACUAUCAAGGAACAUCCCCAUCCAUCUAAGAAACAAGACACCAUAACUCAGGGCAGUCUCCAUACAAGAAAAAUUCAGCCCAGUACCAAGCUGCAUCGAUUGAGCACAACCCAGCGUUCACGAGGCAUGUCCAAACACCAAAGCACUCACACUUACUUUCCAAAAACCACUUCUCACUACCAGUCCAGCACAAUUGCACAUUCUGAACAACCAAACACCAAACCACCACCACCAACACAGAACUGGUCCACAAACAGCCAUUCUCUUACAAACACAGCAUUGACUUCACCCACUACUUUAGCAAAUAUUGUCUUAGUAACAGACAAACAUACAGAUGUCUUAGUAUCAAAGCUGAAAACCAAGGUUAGCAAACAUCCAGUAUUUAGCACUAAUCCAUCCAUCUCCAAAGAAUACUCUACAUCCCAUAUUCCCACAACUGAAUAUCCACCUCUUACUGAAAACAUACAGGAACUGACUCCACAUCCUUUAUAUCUACCCAUAACCUUUUGGUACCAGUCUAGACCCAGCACCGCAACAAAACAUUCCAGCACCAUUAAACAGCAAGCUAGCACUGCUAAAUACAACCUAAAAAUGGAUUCCCAGGUUGAAAAUCGACAACCUACUCCUGAAGAAUCAUUGCCAGUUACCCCCAAAAACCUAUCAAAACUCACACCUCAAACAGCUUUCACCAAAUCUGAUGCAGUUAAAAACUCACCCGUGGCUGAGAAGGUAACAGUGGGGACAAGUCAUCCAAAUCGACCAGCGGCUAGUCCCCAACCAAAGGAUGAACAGUUACUGUCACAGCCAACACUUACAAAUGAGGUGGCCAAUAGGAAUGAGGGGAGAGGUAUCUUCCCCAACCCUUCUUCUGUGUUCCACCCCUUGGCACGAAAUGCUACAAGUAGACUGAGGCCUCAUGGUCGUGUCCCUCCAGUCCCCCCUAAAAGGUUUUUCAGGCCACCCUAUGGGUAUCGUAACUCAACUGUCAACAAGAAAAGGGCUCUUACUAAUAUGCCGCCUUCUUCUAAAGUGAAGACAGAACUGAACCAGGUCUCAAAGACUAAAGAAAAGGAGAAGGUUACUGAUCUGAAGCAGGUGGACCCAGUACCAGACAUGAAACCUCUAGCUCCGCCCACUGCUGAAAGACCAGCCAAACAACAGCCUUCAUUGACAACAACACCACGAUCUGUUUUUGAGGGGAGUCGUUUUGAUACCGGGGACAACUCCUCUGUGUUCAGUUCUCAUCCUCUAUCUGAGGUGGAUGCCACAGGGAAGAAACGUUUCAUAGCACCUCACGUGAUCUAUAAAACCGACAAACGUCCAGAGGAGCCCUGCUCUGUCACUCAGUCUCUCAGCUUCUUUCCUGAUGAGGAGGUGGGAUCCUUGAAUGUCACUGGCCCACCCAAGACCCCUCCAUCCAACCUUACUGUGGUCGCAGUGGAAGGAUGCCCCUCCUUCAUCAUCCUUGACUGGGACAAAACAGACAAUGAGACCACAGAAUAUGAGGUCAUUUCCUCCACCAAGGGUCCGCACGGAGAGAAGGUGUCCAUCCAGACAACAAAUCAAACACAUGCAGUUGUGGAAAACAUGCCACCAGGCGAAAGUAGUUAUGAAUUCAGAGUUACACCCAAAAAUGAGCUGGGUUCAGGCCCAGCCAGUGCACCGGUCACCUUCAGUACUGAGUCAGCUGAUCCUCGUGUGAGUCAGAUCCAAACUGGUAAAAAUGCCAUCUGGUCAUCAUUUCCAUUCAAGGCUGACUCGUACUCAGAGUGCAAUGGGCAGCAGUUCAUAAAGCGGACCUGGUACCGCAAGUUUGUGGGUAUCCAGUUGUGUAACUCUCUUAGAUACAAGAUCUACCUGAGCGACUCUCUUAAAGGGAAGUUCUACAGCAUCGGAGACCAAGCAGGGUAUGGGGAGGAUCAUUGCCAGUUUGUUGACUCGUUUUUGGACGGACGAACUGGUGGUCCUCUUUCACCAGAUCAGUUACCACCCAGAAAAGGGUUUUACCGGGCCAUGCGCCAGGAGCCUGUCAGGUUUGGGGAGAUCGGAGGUAAUUCCAUGAUCAACUACGUGGCCUGGUACGAGUGUGGGAUACCCAUUCCUGGGAAGUGGUAGGACCCUGAGGAGCAGAUGGAAGACGUGGCAGAUAAGAAACAGCUGUUGCCAAGGGAGAACAGCCUUUUUACGGCACGUCUGUGUACAGAAAAUGAUUUCAUAGGAGUAUGUAUCUGUAUUUUCAGGUAUCAGUCACAUACAGAAUUAUUUAU